AUGCUAAUAAAUAAGACUCAACAAUAUAUCAUUGGAUAUUCUUCAAUAUCCAUUGCUCUACUAAGUUGGUCAAUUUAUGAUUCCUUAAGGAAAUCAUUUAAUUUUGUUAUGUUUUUAGUUGAAUUCACUGAUGGGAUCAAAUUAGGGAUAAUAGUUAAUUUUAUAAUUUUCUUAUUUUUGAUCAUUGAUAAACUGCUUCAAAUUUUAUUAUUUGGAUCAUUAAGAAUGAUUGAAGUUGAACAUUUAUUUGAAAAAUUACCUAUAUUUGUCAUUAAUUUAUUAUUGAAUUUAGCUACGGGAGAUAAUAAUAUUAUUAUGAAUGUAUUUUUAAUGGGAUUAUCAAUGAGUUUUAAAGUUUUCCAUGUUAUAAUGUUUGAUCGAUUAGAUUAUGUUAAUUUAAUUAUUGUUAAUAAAAUUAAUGAUGAAGAUAUUUAUUUAAAUCAAGUAAUUUAUCAUUUUGGUACAUCAAUAAAUUUUUGGUUAAAUAUUUUUUUCAUAUUUGCUGAUUUUAGUCUUGCCAAAUUUUUAGUUUAUGAUGUUUUCCAAGGUAUUAAUUCUGUUACUUGUUUAUUAUUUGGUUUUCAAUUUGCCGUACAAGGAGUUCAAGCAUUAACUUAUUUUUCUAAAUUAUUAUUAGGGAUUUAUGAAAUUGCCUUUUAUCGUAUUAGAAAAAAUGAACAUCAUACACUGUUAAGAGGAUGGCAAGAAAGUACUACAACAUCAGCUAAUUUAGAAGAAACUGAAAGGACUACCAAUAACAAUGAUAAUGAGUCUGGGCAAGUGGAAGUGGAAGUAGAAGCGAAUAUAGAUGAGGACGUGGACGUGGACGCGGAUGCGGAUGCGGAUGUGGAUGUGGAAGAAGAAAUUGUCAAUGAUGAAGAUGAUGACAUUGAACUUAUUUGGGAUAAUAAACCUUAUUACACUAAGGGGAUUGAUAUUGCAUCAGCUGUACUUACUUCAAUUUCAUAUUUAUCAUUUGUAUAUUUAUUAACUAUCCAUUCGGGUCUUUCAUUACCAUUAUCAAUGUUACAAGGUACAUAUUCGUCAAUGAGACGUGCUUGGGUAGAAACUAAUCAAUUAUUGGCAUUUAUUGAAUCUUCAAAAAGAUUAGAUACUCAAUUAGCUAAUGCUAGUGCUGAGGAUUUAUCACAAUCUGAUAGUUUAUGUAUUAUAUGUCGUGAAGAUAUGCAUUCAGUUGAAGAUUAUCAAAGAAUUUUCAAAAAACCUCAAUCACCAAGAAGAUCUCCUAAAAAAUUGAAAUGUGGUCAUAUUUUACAUUUGGGAUGUUUAAAAGAAUGGUUAGAAAGAUCAGAUAGUUGUCCAUUAUGUAGAAGAAAAGUAUUUUCUAAUGAUGGAGCAACUAAUGCCACUAAUAAUAAUAACAAUAAUAAUGGGGAGAAUAAUCAAAAUAAUGGAAAUGUACCACCACCUCAACCAGGUGAUGUGCCUGUACCACCACCAGCUCCCACAGCAACAGCAACAGCAACAGCAGCUGCGGUAAAUGCUGAAUUACAACGAGAAGUGAGAGAAAUUAAUGAUUUAUUACAAAAUGCCGAAAAUACAAUAGCACCGCAAGAACAGCCUAUUAACACUGCUGCUGAACCAAUUGAAGGACCUUCUAGAACAAUACCAUUACCAUCAUCAUCAUCGACAUUACCAAUACCUCAAUCUAAUGAUUUAUCACAAUCAAUCACAUUACCAAAAAAUGCAUUAUUACCACCUGGAUGGUUAGUAAUACCAUUGAAAAAACCUGAACAAGAAAAUAGUGAUAUUGAUUAUAAAGUCAAUAUUUCUUCUUAUCAUCAAGCAGAUUUGAAAAUUAAUAAUAAAAAACCAAGUACUCGUGAUAUUAUAACUUAUGCUAUUCCAAAAGAAGAAUCUAUAGGAGAAUAUGAGAUGUGA